CCCUUCUUUCGUAUCACUUCUUAUUCCCAGAACACAACCAUGAAGAUCUUUCUUUCUUUAAGGACAUUGUCCUUUCUUUGUUGCCUUCUCUUCACUGCUAGUAACUUAGCAUCUGAAUCACACGCUUCAAAAACUUCGCAGGAGUUCCAAUAUUUCUGUGAUGAGCAGAGCAUUACCAUAGACAUCGAAGGCAACUACACAACCAAUAGCACCUACCAUACCAACCUCAACACUCUUAUGUCAAAUAUUCUCAACAACAAAGAAAUUGAUUACGGUUUCUACAACGUCUCAUACAGCGAGUACCCAAACAGAGUGUACGCCAUUGGACUAUGUAGAGGAGACAUUAAGCCGGAGCAGUGCCGAACUUGCCUAAACCAAUCCAGAGCCAAUCUCACGGCGGUUUGUCCGAAUCGCAAGGUGGCGAUCGGGUGGUACAACGACGAACUAUGCAUGCUGCGAUACUCGAAUCGCAGCAUAUUUGACCGGAUGGACAAUGGACCGGCUUAUUACAAGAAAAGCGACAAAAACGCCACGGAUUUGAAUGAGUUCAAUACAAAAUUGAACGAUUUGUUGAAUGGCUUGAAAAGCAAAGCUUCUUCUGGUGACUCUCGGUUAAAAUAUGCUGUGGGAAACUUUAGUCUUCCCAAUUUUGAUGAUGUUUAUGGUCUUGUCCAGUGCACGCCUGAUUUGUCUGGAGAAGAUUGUGAUAACUGCAUAGCUCAAUCUAUUGAAAGAAUAUCAAAAGAUUGUUGUAAGGAUAGCAUGGGUGGUAGGGUUGUUAGGCCAAGUUGUUUUAUGAGAUUUGAGACAUCGUAUCAAUUCUAUGGGCCGACGGCGUAUACGCCACCUUCGCCGCCCACCACCACCUCUGUAACUAACCCGUCUUCACGAGGAAAGAGCCACACUUCAGUACUAGUCAUCGCCAUAACAGUACCUAUAGUGGCUGUGAUUAUGUUCAUGUUUAUUUUUAUCCGCAGCAGGUAUCUAAGAAAGAGGAAGCAAAGGAAAAGCAAUUCAAAGGAUGAUAACACUGAAGAUAUGGAGAUUGUUGAGUCAUUACAAUUUAACUUGGAGAGUAUACGAGAUGCUACAAAUGACUUUUCUGAUGCUAAUAAGCUUGGACAAGGUGGAUUUGGGGCUGUUUACAAGGGUAUUCUCACAAAUGGACAAGAGAUUGCUGUAAAAAGGUUGGCAAGGAGUUCUGGUCAAGGAGACCUAGAAUUUAAGAAUGAAGUGUUGUUACUGGCUAAGCUUCAACAUCGAAAUUUAGUUAGCCUACUUGGUUUUUGUUUGGAAGGAAGAGAAAGGUUACUCGUCUAUGAAUUUGUACCCAAUAAAAGUCUUGAUUACUUUAUAUUUGAUCCCACCAAGAGAGCAAAUUUGGAUUGGGAAAGCUGCCACAGAAUCAUUGGAGGUAUUGCUCGAGGUCUUGUCUACCUUCAUGAGGAUUCUCGAUUGCGUAUUAUUCAUCGUGACCUCAAAGCAGCAAAUAUUCUUUUAGACGAAAAGAUGAAUCCUAAGAUAUCAGAUUUUGGUACUGCAAAACUAUUUGCUACAAGUCAAACUCACUCUAAUACAAAUAGAAUUGUUGGAACUUAUGGAUAUAUGGCACCUGAAUAUCAAUUUUAUGGACUAUUUUCAAUCAAGUCGGAUGUGUAUAGUUUUGGUGUAUUAGUUCUCGAGAUUGUAAGUGGCAAGAAAAGCAGUGGCAAUUGUCAGAGUGAGAAUCCAGAGACUCUCAUGAACUUUGCAUGGAGAAAUUGGAAGGAUGGGACAAUUACAAACAUUGUAGGUGCCACAUUAAGAAAUGGUUCCCAGAAUGAAAUAAUGAGAUGCAUCCACAUUGCUUUACUAUGUGUUCAAACAAAUGAAGCUGAUAGACCAACCAUGGCUACAGUUUUACUCAUGCUUAAUAAUCAUUCGGUCACACUCGCAGUACCUUCAGAACCUGCAUUUUUGCUGAAUACAGGAUCAAACACAUCGACAAAAGGACCAGCACAAGAAUCAGUCAAUGAAGCUUCAAUUACUGAUCCAUAUCCUCGCUAGUUUCAAAAUACUACGUUUAAAAAUUGAAAUACAUUUUCCUUUAAUUUUAGAAAAUGCAUGUCAACUAUGCUAUAUAGGUUCUAUAUAUGAGUUAAUAUAUUACUUUAUCAGACAAAGCUGAAAAAUACAUAAAGGAAAUCACCCCAUUCAUGAAAUUUAUU